UUAUGGGUUGCUAGCUAGCAAAUGUAGCAGCAGCCUGCAGCCAGUCAGCUAACGUGAGCUAGCUAAUGUUGUAUGAUCAGGUUGCAAUGUUUUGGUUGAUCAUGUGAAACGCUUCAGUGAGACUAUUCAUUAUGAGUUAUGCCGAAAAGCCGGAGGACAUCACGAAAGAUGAGUGGAUGGACAAGCUCAAUAAUGUGCAUAUACAGAGAGCUGACAUGAACCGACUCAUCAUGAAUUAUCUGGUGACAGAAGGUUUUAAAGAAGCUGCAGAAAAAUUCAGAAUGGAAUCGGGAAUUGAACCCAGUGUGGACCUUGACUCACUGGACGAGAGAAUAAAGAUCCGGGAGAUGAUUCUUAAAGGGCAGAUUCAGGAGGCCAUUGCCCUAAUCAACAGCCUCCACCCAGAACUGCUGGAUACAAAUCGUUAUCUUUACUUCCAUCUGCAGCAGCAGCACCUGAUCGAGCUGAUCCGACUGCGGGAGACAGAAGCAGCGCUUGAGUUUGCGCAGACGCAGCUGGCGGAGCAGGGGGAGGAGAGCCGAGAAUGCCUGACAGAAAUGGAGCGCACGCUAGCACUGCUGGCCUUCGACAACCCUGAGGAAUCGCCCUUUGGAGACCUGCUCAACAUGAUGCAGAGACAGAAGGUUUGGAGUGAGGUGAACCAGGCUGUGCUAGAUUAUGAAAACAGAGAGUCUACGCCGAAACUUGCAAAACUGCUUAAACUGCUACUGUGGGCUCAAAAUGAACUUGACCAGAAGAAAGUCAAGUACCCUAAAAUGACUGACCUCAGCAAGGGAACGAUUGAGGAUCCUAAAUGAUCUGAAGACUGGUACAAGUGCACUGUGGGGACAACCAUAAGGACACCUUUCUUCCUAUUUAUAAUCAGUCGGGGACUGAACCAUAUACAUACAUAUGUUUUGUUGCUUAAGAGAGAUUUUAAUUCCUUUGUUGUGUAAAAUUGUAGGCCUAUGGUUGAAUUUUUAAGUGAAGACAGGAGGUUUUACUAAUUAAAACUACUGUUUAUUAUAUUUAUAGAUGACUCAAUAGUAACUUCACUUUUUGUAUUAUAAUUGUUUCGCAGUGUAACUUUGCUACCAAUUUCAUGUCGGCUGGAAAAGGGUAAGGAUGAAAAUAUGCAAAAACACUAUGGAGUAUUUUAAGCUUAAAUUAGACCCUGUGGUUAGGGGUACUACAUUAGUUAUGCUUUCAUUAUUCUGCCUCUGUAGGAUCAAUGUGUCAUGUGAUGUGAAUGGCAGUAGCUUUAGUCUCUCACAUUGGUCAAAAAAGCAUGGUGGGGAGGGCAAAAUUAUGCCAUUUGUUCAACUUUGACCUCACAUAAUCAAGUUAGCUUUUUGCUGAACAAAAGCAUGCAGAAUUAAUCUUUUUGUAAUAUUUGUUAUGAGGGGUACAGUGGAACUGCUUAUACCCUGUGAAUGUUCAUAAGUUGUCAGUGCUUUGCAAUAUUUGUUUUUAAAUUGUUUUAUACAGCCGUUUAUUAACUUUCAAAUAUAAAGUCUAUAGACAAUGUGAUUGCUGAGAAUGUAAAGACAAACAGCUACAGUAAUUAAGGUUUUUUUUUUUCCUGGCAGAUUUACAGGUAUGAAAUAAAGGGUACUUUU